AUGUCAAAUGUUAGGUAUUUUCCUCCUUAUAAUGAUCCACCCCCAAAAGAUGUAACGAUUCAUUCAUAUCAACAAAAAUAUCAACAAAUUAGUAAUUUAGGUAAUGGUAGUUUUGGUACUGUUGAAUUAGCCAAAAUAAAAUUUUCCAAAAAUGAAUUAUUAGAUUCUCAUAUUGAUAAAGUUGGUACAAUGAUGUUUCCAUUAGAGGAUUCAAAACGUAACAAUUCAAAUUUUGUUGCCAUUAAAACAAUGAAAAAAAAAUUACCACAUUUUCAAGAUUAUGCAAAAGUUAAAGAAUUGUGUUUCAUAUUAACUGUACCUUCACAUCCUUGUUUAGUUCAAAUAUUUGAAGUUUUCAUUGAUGAUACUAAUUUUCAAUUACAUAUUUCAAUGGAAGCACUUAAUCAAAAUUUAUAUCAAUUAAUUAAAUCGAGAAGAAAUGAUCAUUUUAGUUCAACUACUUUAAAAAGUAUAUUAACUCAAUUAUUGUGUGCAAUUAAACAUAUUCAUAAACAUCAUUAUUAUCAUCGAGAUCUUAAACCAGAAAAUAUUUUGAUAAUUCCAACUUUACAUUAUUAUGGUUCAAAAGAUUCAGUACCUUCUUAUAGAAAACAUGAUAAUUUUAUUGUUAAACUAGGCGAUUAUGGAUUAGCAAGACAUGCAUCAAAUUUAAAUUCUUAUACAGCUUAUGUUUCAACUAGAUGGUAUAGAUCUCCUGAAAUUUUGUUAAGACAACAUUGGUAUUCUUUUCCAAUCGAUAUUUGGGCAUUUGGUGCUGUUGCAGCAGAAAUUGUAAAUUUUACUCCAUUAUUUCCAGGUGCAAAUGAAUUAGAUCAAAUUUGGAAAAUCUUAAGAGUUAUUGGAUCACCAAUGAUUCCUGAUUCUUAUCAACUAGAUUCAAAUUACGUUGUACCAAUUGGUGGAAUUUGGGAAGAAUCAACAAAUUUAGCUUCAAAAUUAGGUAUAUUAUUACCAAUGGAACCUGGUUUUAAAAUUAAUGAAAUAGUACAAUAUGAUUCCAACCCAUUGUUAUAUGAAGUUAUUAGAUCAUGUUUAUUAUGGGACCCAAAUGCAAGACCAGAUGUUUUUGAUUUAGGUGAAAUGUCAUAUUUUAAAGAAUCUUUAAAAUUAUUGGAAAAAAGUUAUGCAAAAGAAUCAAAUACAAAUAUUAAAUUUAAUGGAAUAUCUAAUUCUCCAUCACUGAGAAAAUCUGCAACUACUAAUGUUGUUAAUACUGAAGAUGAUAACAAAACUAAUGAUUACUUUAUUGAUGGUAAUGAUAAUAAUAUUAAGAUAAACAAAAAUAAUACUGAAUUUGAAAAUCACUUUUCCGAAUAUUUAUCACCUGACUUGAAUUAUAAUUCGGAAUUUUUAGAUGAAGUUUAUUAUGAAUGGUAUAAUACUAACAAAGUAGGAGGUAUUGGAUCAGAUUCUAUUCCUAGAAGUACUGUUAAUGAAGGAAACUCUAAAAAAAAUACUAAUCAAAUUAGUGAUAUGACAUCUAGUGAUCCUUCUUCAAAUGACAUUACUUCAAAAUCUAUUGUCAAAGUGUUUGAAAAAAAACGUAGAAGAUAG